AUGUCAAUUUUAAACCCAAGCUCAGUCAAUUAUAAUGAUGAUUUAAAAAAUUCAUCACCUUCAUCCUCAUCUCCAUCGUUAUCCUCAAAUAAAAAUUUAUUAUCUCUUUCAAAAGAAUCCUCUAUACUUUUAAUAAUACAUUCAAAUUCAAAUCCUGUAAAUUAUAAUUUAAAUUCAAAUUUUUCAACAUCUAAUAAUAAUAACAUUAACAACAGUAAUAAUGACUCUUUGAACAAUAGUCCUAAAAUUAACAGUACCAAUAGUAGCCCUAUUAAACCUCAAAUUCAAAAUAAAAAUGAUUUUAAUAAUUAUGUAAACAAUAAUAAUAACUUAAAUUCACCUAACUAUAAAAAUUUUAAUCCAAAUUUGAGUAAUCAAAAUAACUACAACAAUAACUUUAAUCCAAGUAAACAAAGUGAUGGAAUUAGCAAUUUAAUAAAUUGUUUAAGUAACAAAAAAUCUUUUAAUGAAACAAACAUAAAUGGCAACAACAACUCAAUGAAUUAUAAUAAUAAUAAUACAAAUAACUUCAAUAACAAUAAUAACUAUAACAAUAACAAUAACGCCCCAUCCCCAUUUUCCUCACCAUUAAAUGUUUCUAGAACCAGCUCUCCAACACAUUUAAAUAACUCGCCACCAAACAACUCGAACAAUGGGCUUCAUUUACUAUCAUCAAUGAGCCAUCAACAACUAAUGCUACAACAACAACAACAACAACAUCAUCAUCAUCAUCAUCAAAAUCAACAUCAAAAGCAACAACAACAACAACAAAACCAAAUUCAAAUUCAAAGCCAACAACAAACUCAUACUCAAACUCAAAACCAAAAUCAAACUCAACAAAAUCAAAACAAUAUUAAAAAAAUUGAAAAAUGUAUAAAUUGUAAAAUAACCGAUUGUAUUGUAUGUGAAAUGGGUCCACCUCCAUCUUUUGAAAAGGGCCAAAUACCCAUAUGGGCACAAAUUUUGCAUGUGGCUUUAUUCGCAUUAACAGAAUCAUCAAAAGUCUCACAAAACAAAUCCCCAUCAAAUGAAGAAUUAAACAAUCUACCAAAUGGUAAACGAUAUUUCCAUUUAAGAGAUGAUAUUUACGAAUUUAUAAAUGUACACUGGGAUAUUAUUUGCAAAAGAGAAAGAAUUCAAAAUUGGAAACAUACAAUCGGUAUGACUUUAAGCCACUAUCAAAACUUAUUUCAAAAUGGUUAUCCAAUAUUUCAAAAUACUGGCUAUUGUUCAAAUACAAGCAGUGGUAGUAGUGACGAUGAUGAUGCAAAUAACAAUGUAAUGGGUAAUACUCUAGCCAAUAACUUUCAAUCAAACAAAAGACUAAACUCGUCGCCAUCAUAUGGAUCACCUUUGAUUAAUGGUAUGGAAUCAUUAUUCAACUCGUCACCCUUAAGAUCGAUGACACCAACUAUUGGAAGCUGUAGCUCGCCAUUACAACUAGGUGCUAGUCCUAUAGGUAAUAGUAGUAACUUUAGUAUCGGUGGUUUAUUAAGUUCUGACGAAAAUUCAAACAAUCUUUAUUACGAAAAAUUUAAAACAAUGGAAAAAGAAUUGGAUGAUUGUAAAAAUGAGGUUAAAGAACUACAAAAAGUAAUUAAGAAAUAUCAAGAAUAA